UCAUGCGUCAGAGCCCCCAGCCGCCUCGCCCUCGCCGAGGGAUUGGACAUUGGAGUACAACCGCAACACGGCGACGCGACGACACACAGACAAGGAAGUCGCAUCCUCCUCUUUCCGUCGCUCUGCAAUCGCCCCAAAUUCCCCUCUUCCCCUCGCUCGCGUCACGAGAGCAAGCAGCGCGCAGGUGCUGAAACCGGUGAGCGGUUGAUGGAUGAUGACUGUUCCCAUGGAUAGUGCUAGCGUAGCCCCAUCCUCGGUACGGGACCUUGCCGAGCGUCUCCUUAUUAGGAAUAAUGAACUCGAAGAUCAGCUCCGCAAGUCCGCACAAUCCAAAGUCCCAUCAGAUCCCAACAUAUGGCUUCAGAUGCGUGACAACUUUGAGAAGAUAAUUCUCUUAGAUCAUGACCUCUCUGAACAGAAAGAGGUAGAAUAUCUCCUGUGGCAGUUGCACUACAAAAGAAUUGAAGACUUCAGGAGGAACAUUAGUGCUGCAAGCUCAGUUGCAUCUAGUGGGAAGAGCAAUGCUAACCCAGAUCGAGUCAAGAGAAUCAAAUCAGCCUUCAAAAGCUUCCUUUCAGAAGCAACUGGCUUCUAUCAUGACUUGAUGUUAAAGAUCAAAUCAAAUUGGGGCCUUCCACUCAGUUACUUUCCAGAGGGCCUUGACAAUGCGAACAACUCUGUGCGAGAUGACAAGAAAACAGUUCAGUUGAAGAAAGGUUUGAUUUCAUGCCAUCGGUGUCUGAUAUAUUUGGGAGAUCUUGCUCGUUACAAGAGCUUGCAUGGUGAUGGUGAUUCGGCUAGUCGUGAAUAUGCAGCUGCUUCUAGUUACUACAAAGAGGCAGCUUCUAUCUAUCCUUCCAGUGGCAACCCUCAUCAUCAGCUUGCUAUACUAGCUUCUUACUCAGGCAACGAGGUGGUAGCUGUUUAUAGGUACUUCCGAAGCUUAGCUGCAGAUACUCCUUUUACCACUGCACGGGACAACUUGAUUAUUCUUUUUGAGAAGAAUCGCCAAAUAUAUGGACAGCUCCCAGACAGCAACAAAGUUCCCAGUGCUAAGACAUUACUCCCACGUCCAUCUGGGAGGGGCCGAGGACGGGGAGAAGUAAGGUUUCAGCCAAAAGAUGUUAAUGCUGAAACAGCUGAAAGGGAACGGGAGUGCAAUAUUCGUGAUACAUUGAAGGCCUUCUAUAUACGAUUUGUCAGGCUCAAUGGAAUUCUUUUCACGAGGACCAGUUUGGAAACAUUUGGGGAGCUGUUUUCUUCAGUUAGCAAUGAUUUGCAGAUUCUCCUUUCUUCUGGUCUUGAGGACGAGCUUAAUUUUGGUUGUGAUGCUGCAGAAAAUGCAUUAGCUGCUGUUAGGCUUACUGUCAUCCUUAUAUUCACAGUACACAAUGUAAAGAAGGAACCUGAUAGCCAGUCGUAUGCUGAAAUUGUGCAACACAGAGUACUGCUCCAAAGUGCGUUUACGGCUGCUUUUGAUUUUGUUGGACGAAUUCUCAGAAGGUGUUCAGAGCUCCGUGAUAUCACAUCAAGCUUCUAUCUGCCAGCCAUUCUGGUGUACAUUGAAUGGCUGGCAUCCCAUCCGGAGUUGGCUGUUGAUUCAGAGAUGGAGGAAAAGCAUGCAAAUGCCAGAUCUUUCUUCUGGAACCAAUGUAUCUCAUUUAUGAAUAAGCUGAUCCUUACCAACCUUGCAUCUAUGGACGAUGAUGAUGAUGAGGCUUGCUUUUCUAAUAUGAGCAUUUAUGAGGAAGGUGAAACUGGUAACAGGCUUGCCCUUUGGGAAGAUCUCGAAUUGAGAGGUUUUUUGCCCUUAGUUCCUGCACAUACCAUUUUGGAUUUCUCAAGCAAACACACUUUUGAAAAUGUUGGAAGCACCAAGGAGAAGAAAGCACGGGUUCAACGAAUUUUUGCUGCAGGGAAGUCACUGCUGAACUUUGUUCAGAUCGAUCAGUUGAGGAUAUAUUUUGAUCCAUCUUCCAAGAAAUUUGUCAUGGCCAAGAACCCUCCUGUGUCUAAGGCUAACAACCCUCUUAAUGAGUCUCCUGAUGCACUUAAAACAAAUGGCGCUGACAUGGAUCAUGAGGCUGCUAGAACAUUUGACUCAGUUUCCUCUAAUAUGGGCACACUGCAGUCUAAUGUGCAGUUUGGUCCUGAUAGUGACGAUGAUGAAGAAAUUGUUUUCAAGCCUAUAGCUUCUGAAAAGUUUCUGAAAGCUCCUUCAGACCUGUUGGUUAAUGGAUAUACCUAUCCUCUACCAAUGUCUGCUGCUGGCUGGCCAACCAAUGCUAGUUUAGUGUCUGUUCAGAGCACUGCAUCAAUGUCUCUGACUGGUUGGCCACCCAAUGGUGGGUCACAUUCUUUUCUAAGUACUGCAUCUCUGUCAGCUGCUGGUAAUUACAACAUUAACCAGUCGCUUCCCAGCUCUUCUGUUGGUUGGGCUGUCAAUGGUGAGCAAAAUGUUAUUCCUAGCAUUGCUCCAAGAUUUGAACUCAUGCAGCCUGUUGAGGAGCCUGCUUCCAGCUGGACAAGCAGUGGUGCACAGCAUGUUGUUCCUCAGCACAUAGGUUUAACUUUCCAAGAUGUUGUCUCUGAACCACGUGUAUCUGCAUCAAUGGUUCAAUGUUUUAAUAGCCCUGACUAUUCAAAAUUUCUCAGUGAACAAGAAAUGCUGUUAAUGAAUGGACUGAAGACUGUCAACAUAACUCGAAAUGGCUAUCUAGAGCAGAGGUUGCAGGCUGGAUUGAGUGGUGUACAGUCUAUUGGGUAUUCGUCUACUGAGCCUGCUGGUACCACUAAAAACUCGAUGCAUAAUCAUGUGAACAUUACUGGAGAGACUGUCCCCUCUACACUUGAUUCAGUUGUACCUUCAAUAGCACCAUCAGGUGGCAUGCCAAUGAAAUUCACAGAAGCACCACUAACUGCUUCAAAGAAGAACCCUGUUAGUCGUCCAUCAAAGCCUGUUGGGCCGCCUCCAGGAUUUAAUCAUGUAACCCCGAAGCGUCAAGAUGAUUCUAUUCUGGUUGAAAAACUACAGAGCCCACAGGUCGAUGAUUACAGCUGGCUAGAUGGCUAUCAGCCAUCGAUUGAUGAUGUUAACAAUUUAAGAGCUGUUUAUCCUGGUGUCAGUGAUACUAUCACUUCAUUUGCCACUCCAUUCCCCUUCCCUGGGAAACAACAGAUCUCUGAGAUACAUGCACAAGGGGCCAAUGAGAAGACAUGGCAAGAUUUCCACCUUUUUGAGCCUUCAAAGCAGAAUAUGUUCCAAAAUUACCACCAAAGAAAUCAGCAAAGUGGUCAAAUAGCUGAACAAGAGCCAGCAAAUUCUAUCUGGUCUAGCAGUUACCAUGUGUGAUUAAGUAACUUGUACCAGGAUGAUUGCUGGAGUUGCUGGGGACUAUUGGAUUAAGUGGCACAGCCUGACCUAUUGAGCUUGGCCCAUACCUGCAGCACUCCCGUAGUAUUAAAUUUCUUUUGAGAAUGGUGAUCUUUGAAGCAUGACAACGGCUGCUGUUAGGUUUGGUACGUGGCACAGCCUCUGGGAGUGCCACCAUCUUCUGGGCUAAAGUGUGAGUGGAAGAUGAUUGAUCUGUCGGCAGUUUGAUGGGGAUGAAUUAUGAGGUCUUUAAUGCUGACACAAAGGGUUAAUGAAACAAACUCGAAUCCAGUGAUUGUAGGCACACUGCACGGACCAUAUGAUUCAUCUCUCAUUGGACAUAUAGCUACCACAAAAAUGGGGUGAGUGGAUAGUUGCUGCCGCAACUAGAAGGCCAAUUCAGUUUGGAUGUCAGUUGUCAGUUCGGCUAUGCCAUCUAAGAAUAAAAGUUUGAGGACCAACGAGCAUGUUGCCAAGUCAUUUCUCAAGUAUAAAUUACUGCCUCUAGUUAUCUUGAUACUUCCCUUCUGGAAACAGUGUCGGUUGCUGUUGCACUUGUGGCUGUUGCGCUGUUGCAAGUCACGAUUAAAUUCUUGGAACAGUUUGUCAUGGUUUGUUUGGCUCCUAUAUGUUAUUAAUCUGGAACUGUAUGAACUAUGGACCAACCCUCAGUGUUACAUACAACGUCUGGUUUGACUGAA